GGAAGCCGGUGUAUUUCCUCAUGUUCUUUAUCUAAAGGAAGUGCCAAAAUAAGCAUCAGCAGCGGAGCAGAGAGGCCGAGCUCGGACACCUUUUCCACUGGUCACUGUGCUGGAGUCUGAGGAAGAAGUCAGAGGAGUUCAGGGCUGCAGAAUCACCAUGAAGACUGUCAGGGUUUUGGUCCUGCUUCUGCUUGCAUCUGCUCACAACCUCACUCCAGUUUCAGCAGAUGACACAGCUGCUGACAAAAAACCACCAUCAACAACAGAACCAAAUGUACCAGCAGCACAGACAACAGCAGAACCUGCAAACCCAACACAAGCACCUACACAGCCAGUCGCAACAGCAGCACCAACAGGCGCUCAAGAUACUUCUGCUUUGUCUCAGGUUUCCCCCAGCAAACCCACUGAGAGCAAUAAUAGUGAGACGAAGGCCACACCAACUGUGAAGGCUGUUCCACUGACAACUCUGCCAACAGUCCACCAAACUGUGGCUGCUACAUCUGAUGUUCCUGCCUCCGGGGAUAACAAAACACACACACCUGACACUAUGCGGCCAAGAUCUCAACCAGGAAACCAAUCUGAGACCACAAGAGGGCCAAAAAAGCCUCAGGGAGGUGUUGAGACCACUGAAAAACCAAAAACAGGGGAGGGUUUAACCACUGCUGCUCCAGCAUCACAUCAAUCUUUUCCACCUCCAGUAAUGUCACAAACUGAGCAAGGGGAGACCACAGACAAAGGAGCUGGUCCUCAGACCGGCAGUGAGGAGAAAGAGGCUCCUAAAUCAGACAAAAAUCUGUGGUGGAUUGUGUUGCCUAGCCUGCUGGUCGCAGCUGCUGCAGCCAUGGUGGCGAAGUUCAAAUGCAAGAAGGUCCAUGAUCACACAGAAACCAUCGACACUGGAACUGAGAAUGCAUCUUUCCAGAGCAGACCUGAAAGCACCAAAGACGGUGUCAUGCUCCUCGGAGUGAAGUCAUCAGGUGGAGAAGAAAACGCUGCUGCGAGAUAAAAAGAAGGGCAGCAACAUCAAGAAUGGCCAGUGGAUGAGUCACAGCAGUCGCCCACACACUGAUGGUCUGGUGGAACAGUUAGAUGUUUUUGAUGUUAUUUUGUUAAAGAAAGAAAGUGUUUGACAGCAGUUUUGAUGUAUGGUUCUUUAUACUGAAUGCAGUUUUGUUUGUGACUGUGAUCAUAAAUCUCUGAUUCAACUUAUUUCACGUGCAGUUUGUUCCUAAGAGCUGGAGUCAGUACAUCUCUUUGAUUGAUAGCAUAGGCUGAAUACUGUAAACAGAAAAUUAUUGCCUGUAGAAUAUUAAUAAGAUAUCUCAUUCUGAAACUUAUAUUUCAGUAUAAUAUUAUUAAGACAAAAAAAACAGCUGAGUGGAUAUUUUUUGUGUAUGUGUUUAUCCACAAACAUUUUCUGUACAUUGCACUGACCUCAAAACCAGAACAUAUUUUGUUGUAAUUAAUGACUGUUCAUUUCAUGCUAUUAUAACUAUCCGUAGGUUCUGUUGUAAACCAUCAUUUAUUUGUCUUGAACUAUUUUGUAGAUUUUGAUGUUUUGGUUUUUGCGUAUCGCUCAAUGUCAAAAAGGAGGUUUAAAAAAAAGCAGGUCAUUUUCUGUCAUUAAAGUAUUUCUUAAAGACGUAGCUAAAAAUUGCUUCAUGUUUCUUUGUAUGAAUAUUUUGAACUAGCGUUCUUUUGCAUGACUACAUUCACAGCCUUUUUAUUUUUUGUGUGAAAGCAGCUUUGCACUGUAAUUAUACUGUGAUGCUGGUUUUAAGAUUUUCUAUAUCAGCAUAUAUAACAUACAAGCCCAGGAAACAGGUCAAUGCAGAUGCACAGGACUGUAUUUAAAGACACUGGAACUACUUUAUGGCUUGAAUGUGUUGUUCUGCACCUCAAUGUCCUCAAUAAAUCACUGAAAAAUUGA